UUUAAGUCACAAUCUAGUUUCCACAUCUUCCUCACUGCCUACACAUCUCUGGAGCCAGAGCUCAAGUUGUCUUGACCUGUUUUUGGGUGGAGUUGAUGAGGUGUAUGAACAGGUAAAGGUGUGCGUAGGUGCGUUCUCAUCUAUCUACCCCUUAAAACAUUUGCAACACAGCUGUUGUGGAAUUAACACGAAAUACUAAUCUAGCCUGCAUAAUGCUGAAGAAAACGCAAGCCUCGGCCGACGUGGACGCGUCGCGCAUUCUUGUGAAGGGGCCCGAGUUCUUGAGGAGACAGAUGGAGCGAGAAAGCGAGGCGAAUAAAGGACGCGUCAGUGCGGUGGAGAGGUUGGCAGCCACUAAACCUCAAUAUGUAAAAAGCCAACAAGUGGUCGGUUCCACUCAGGAACCGGUUAUCAACAUCGGGUCUGCCUCCGUGAGCAGCCGAGGGUCUUCAAACGGACACGGUUCCGUUAAUAACACCGCUAAUGUUGAUGUUGAGGAUAUACAGUCGCCUGAAGAAGAUAAUAAUGUGGUGAGACGGAGCAGCUCGAAGAAACGAGACUCGAUUUUACUAUACAGACAAAAGUGUGAACUCUUAAGGGGAUCGCCUGGCGGGACUAGGAGAUUGAUUAAAAAGUCGCUAUUCCCCAUUAAAGACAAGACAAAUGCGUUUUCGGAGGCGCGCGGUGGUGAAUGCGCCACGCGUAAAGCCACUCGGGUAACUUUAUCCAUCUCAAACGGGCACUCAGGUGAGGCAAACGGUGAGCCGAAAGGACCUCCUCACAGGAAAGUAACUGAAACCCAGGAGCACGAGCGCAGGAGCCGGAGGGGGGUGGCGCGCUCCAGCUCCGACAUCAGCUCGCGCUACUCGAAAAACUUCGCGGACUUCGACGCGUUCUUCAAAUACUGCGGGCUCGAGGGUGACGUCGUCGAGUCCCUGGGCAGAGAGAACUUCUCCGCGCGCUCGGAAGACCUCGGCUCCAAAAUCCGGAGCAUCAGUGUCUCGACUUCGGAUGACGGGUUCUCGAGGAGCAGCGACGGCCUGCAGGAGGAUGAGCUGCAGGAGACUUCGCGUCAGGGGUCGUCGGUGGUCGAGCGCAACGCUCGGAUCAUCAAGUGGCUUUACAGUUGCAGAAAUGCGGCGGAGUCGGGAAAGACUCUUCGAGAUCUGGAUUAAUUUGGGUCGUGUUAAAAGCGACGUCAUGUCUGCAGUAUGUCUGUUAAAGAUCGCUUGAUCUGGAAAGCAUCUGCUGUGUACAAACAUCUGACAGAUGUCUCUCAGAUAUCAGUUUUACAUACAUUCUAAAUCAUAAACAUCUUGAAGACAUCUAAUAAACGUCUAUCUGCCAUCUGAUAGACGUCAUAUUGCAGAUGAGCAAACACUCUAAAAAAUACAUCUUGCAGAUGUCAAAUAGACGUCUCUGUGAUGCACCCUUGACUCUGUAAACAUCUUCGUAUUUAGCCAAUUAGGGACGCUCUCUGCCUGAAUUCCCUUUAUAUUCAACUAACUGGCUAAUUCACUAUUUCUUAUGAGGUUUUAGAAUGGUGGUUUAAGAUUUGUGAGUAGGUCUGUGGUUAAUGUUUUGUUGUGCAAUUGCAUACAUUUAUACCUUACAACUGAAAGGGGAAGUCGUGGCCUAAUGGUUAGAGAGUUUGACUCCUAACCCUAAGGUUAUGGGUUCGAGUACACCAGUUGUGUCAAUAGCACAACUGAGGUGCUCUUGAGCAAGGCACUGAACCCCUAACUGCUCCCCGGGCGCCGCAGCAUAAAUGGCUGUCACCCUGCUCCGGGUGUGUGUUCACGGUGUGUGUGUUCACUGCUGUGUGUGUGCACUUUGGAUGGGUUAAAUGCAGAGUACGAAUUCUGAGUACUUGGCUGUAUGUCAUCUCACAUAACAAAUUGCUAUUUAGGGACAACCACAGUUUCGUCAAGCACAUACACGUCCUUAGUUUUAGUCUUUAUUUAGCAGCUUGUUAGUGUGUAAUUUAUGUUGACAUUAAUAUUUCUUAAGGGAAUGCUAAGUACAGACCAUAUUUUACUCAUAAAUCAAAAACCGCCAUUCUAAAAACCCAUAGGAAAUUCCAAAAUGGUUGAAAAAUGGCUAAUUACCUUGCUGGUUUUAGGACCUCAAACUGCUGUAUUGGUUUAGCGGUUUUGGUUAAGCCUUUUGUACAUGCCAGUACUUGAUCCUGGUUAGGUUAUGUAUUCCACUACCUAGAUAUCAUGUUACUUGAUUUUGUAAUAUAUUAAAAGUCAGAUUUGUUUUUUGGAAAAUAAUUUUUGUUGCAUGUUAUUUUAGUAGUGUUAUGUGAAAACCACCUUUGCACAUGAAUCUAUGGAUACAGUAUAGUUUACAGAGACAAAUGACGUUCAAGCCUGUCAGCUAUGGAAUGCAGAGGGUAGCACCUGGCCCUGAGAUAUGGAAAGAUAUGGCUUCAAACAAGCACUUCUGUCCAUUGUUGUGCAACAACGGAAACGGUGAACAAAAAGCAAGUACAUUCAAACCCAAUGUGGGUGUAUUUAAUUUGUGCCACUGUCACUUUAGUCCAAAGACUAGGUGUCUGUUUAUUCCGUCUGACUGCUGACUGUCUAGUCAUAUCUUCUCUGACUCAAUAUGCCUUGCAAAUAUGAAAUGGUAUAUUUUAAGUAACUUGAUAAAGUGUAUGCAUUGCUGAGUCAAACAACGUGACACUCUAUAUGCAAAAAUGCUAUGUAUGAUCAUAUGUAUCAGUCAAUAAAACAUUUUCUUACA